GUUCCAAUUCCUACUUUCCCACUUUGCGCCCCUGCUCGCCGCCGGGGCUGAGCCGAGCCAGGACCGGCCGCGGGCUUCCUUCCCCCCCGCCGCGUCGUCCUCCCUCUCCCCCGCUCCAUCCGAUCCUCCGGUCCCCCAGGGCACAGUGUGGGAAGUACGAAUUUCCGCUCAGUUUUUUCGGCAACUUUCGGAGCUCGUCUUUCUCCUGCUCCCCGCUCCGCCCGCCGCUCUCCCCCCGCCCCUCUCCGCCCCUGGGAGAGCCGGCGGAGCAGCGGGCAGCCGCUCUGCAGCCCGCCGGCCGGACGCAUCCCCGCCCGCCCCCCGCGGCAGCGGCAGCAGCAGCGGCAGCAGCACCGGCCCCGCCGCCCCAGACUGCAGGCCGCGAGGGGCGACAGAACCCGGGAGGCAGCAGCCUGCAGCCCUCCCGGCCGCUCCGCGCCCCGGGCGAGCCCAUGGUGCUGGACACGGCCACCUUCAGCCGCCGCGCCUGCCUGCCCGGCGCGGAGCUCAGCCCAAAGCGCAGGAGAGGAGGGGCCGAUUAGCAGCUGCAGAGAAGAGGGGAUGCCGGAGAGACACAAAGCCAGCGGGGGAUACAGCCUACGGCUUGUCCCGGGAUGGGGGCGCCGCGCCGGGUCCGACUGAUGGUGCUGCCGCGGAUGCUCUGGGGCUCUGUUCCGCUCUUCCUGCUGCUUCUGCCCCCGGCCGAGCCCAUCUGCCCCGAGCCCUGCGACUGCCAACAGCACCAGCACCUUCUCUGCACCAACCGAGGCCUGCGCUCCGUACCCAAGGCUGCCGAGCCCCAGGAUAUCCUUACCUACAGCCUCGGGGGCAACUUCAUUGCCAACAUCUCUGCCUUCGACUUCCAUCGCCUGGCAGGACUCCAGCGCCUGGACCUGCAGUACAACCGGAUCCGCUCACUGCAUCCCAAGGCCUUUGAGCGCCUGGGUCGGUUAGAGGAGCUCUACCUGGGCAACAACCUCCUGCCAGCACUGGCUCCUGGCACCCUCAGUGCCCUAGCCAAGCUGCGCAUCCUCUACGUGAAUGCCAACGAGAUUGCCCGCCUCAGCGCUUCCUCUUUUUCUGGCCUCAGCAGCCUUGUCAAGCUGCGGCUGGACGGCAACGAGCUGGGCUCACUGGGUGACUCUACUUUCUCAGAUCUGCCAAACUUACUCUACCUGCACCUGGAAUCCAACCGCAUCCGUUGGCUGAGCCGUGGCGCCUUCAAUGGCCUGGCUAAGCUGCGCUUCCUCGACCUCUCAGGGAACAAGCAGAGCUCCCUUCGCCAUGCAGACAUCUUUGGGCCACUGCGCUCCCUCCACACUCUCUUGCUGGCAAGCAACAGCCUGCAGCAGCUGACCGGAGGGCUCUUCCAGCACCUGCCUAGCUUGGCGAAGCUCUCACUCAGUGGCAACAGACUGGCUCACCUGGCCCCAGAUGCCUUCAUGGGGCUGAGUUCACUGAAGGAGCUACGCCUGGAGGGAAACCUGCUGAGCCACCUGCCUGCUGCCCUGCUGGAACCACUCAGCAACCUAGAAGUGCUGGAUCUGAGCCGCAAUGUGCUGACUGCCUUGCACCCCACCACCUUCAGCCGCCUCAGCUGCUUGCGAGAGCUCAGUCUGCGGGAGAACGCGCUGGCCACCCUCCCCGGAGAGCUCUUUGCCUCCAGCCCGGCUCUCUACCGCCUGGAGCUGGAAGGGAACGCCUGGAGCUGCGACUGCCGCCUCCGCGGACUCAAGCACUGGCUGGGGUCCUGGCACUCCCAGGGCCGCUUGCUCACUGUCUUCGUGCAGUGCCGCCUGCCGUCCACCCUGGCCGGUAAGUACCUCGACUACCUGCAGGACGCCCAGCUGCCAGCGCCGGAAGACGGUGGUCCCUGCCACGACAGUGCCUUCCCAUCCUCCGCGUCCCCGCCGCCGACGGCUGAGGUACAGCGACGACCGUCGCCGGCCGCCGCCGGGCUCGGCAGCAACAGCAGCGGCAGUGGUGCAAGCCUGCCCCGCGGGCCGCCGGCGGCUGCUUCCACCGCCCACCUGCUGGGGGCGCCCAAGGGCGCGGCGACGGCGCCAAGGGCUGCGGCGGAGGUGUCCAGUCCCACGCCGUCGGGGACCGCCCGCCCAGCUGCCUCCAGGCCCGCGCCGCCCAGCGCGGCGUGGCCUCGGCGGGCAGGCAAGGCUCGCUCGGCGCCGGCCGCCGGGGUCCUGCCGCUGGUGUCCGACCCGUGCGAUUUCAACAAAUUGUUCCUCUGCAACCUGUCGGUGGAGUCGGUGGGCUCCAGUUCGGUGACAGUACGCUGGGCCGUGCGGCCGCACCGCAUCCCCCGCCUGCUAGGGCCGGCACGGUUCCGCCUCCUCUUCGACCGCUUUGGCGCAGCUGUCAAGUUCCAGCGCUUCGUCUACCUGCCGGAGCGCGGGGAGCUGGUCGCCACCCUGCGGGAGCUCCGCUCGGACACCCCUUACCUCGUUUGCAUCGAGGGCGUCCUCGGCGGCCGCGUGUGCCCGGUGGCGCCACGGGAUCACUGCGCCGGGUUGGUCACCCUGCCCGACAGCGGCUCGGCCGCGGCGACGGCAGGAGGACCCCGCGGGCCCGAUCAGCAGCUUCUCACCCUAGUGCUGCUGGCGGUGAACGCCCUGCUGCUUUUUGCAGCGCUGGCCGCCUGGGGCUCCCGCCUCCUGCGGAAGAAGGUGCUAGGGCGGCGACGGCGGAAGGCGGCCCCCGUCCACGUCCGACAGCUCUACUCCACUCGCCGGCCCCUCCGCUCCAUGGGUACCGGUGUCUCCAAUGACUUCUCAGGCUUCCAGUCCCACCGGCCUCCUCGUGGUGCCGCCUGCGCCCUCAGCGAGGCCGACCUCAUCGAGUUUCCCUGUGAGCGCUUCAUCGACAGCGGCGGCAGCACCCGCCACGGCGAUGAGCAUCUGCUGCAGCGGUUCGCCGACUGAGCCCGCUAAGCUGCAGCUCCUAGCGGGCCCUCUGCGCUCGGUGGGUGCUCCGCGUUGCCGUGCGAUGAGGCCCGCUGCGAUCUGUUCUCAGCACGGCUAUGAAGGGGCGGCGUGGCCCCAGGGCGUUGCUGCUUCCAAGGAGGAGAGGUGUGGUGCAGUCGUUGCCUUCAGCCACCCCUGCUGCAGCUUGGGCCUGAUGCCAUCUUCGAGAUGGGCUUACCCAGUCACCUCUGCUGAGAGGUCAGCAUUUUCUCAGUCGUCACUAACAGAGUUCAAGCAAAUGCCCCAGCCCUGUUGGUAGCCAUACCAUGAGGAACCAACCGAGGGAGCUACUGUAGAGUAGCCGCUGGUGCUCCCUUACACAAACUCGGAGCCGUGAAUUUCAGUGUAGUAUUUUACAGGUGUUCUUUCUCAGAUCGUAGUUGGGAACGAGUUACAGUGAGUCUUGGCUCCAUGUGAGGAUACUUAAACCUUUCCAAGGCGCCAGCCCUUCCAAAGGGAGAAAUUGGUCAGCUUUUAAUUUUACUGGUGAAUUGCAUGGAACCGAUGAGUCUUCUGAAGGGCUGGAAGUGCAUGUGCUGUGCUGGACAGUUUGAAGGCUUUGUCAUUGUAACUCAAACAGAAUGUGAGGCAACUUCAUGAGGGCAAGUAUGUUUUCAUAAUAUUUUUGUCAACGGGAAACAAUAAUGCAGCUGGUUAGUUUUACAGGAAUAUGUUGCUAACACCACUAGGAAAAAACUAACAGUUCUGUAAUGUUUACAAACGAGGUAUUUCUUAAUUGUUUCUGAAUAAACACUGCUUGGUACUUGUACACAUUAAUGUGUGCUGGAGUUGUCUGGGUCCGUGAUGGUCAGUAGAGCACUGACCCUCGCAUAAUCCAUCUUCAUUUCUAGAUGGGUGGAUGCAGAGGUGAACUGUUGAUGGGUUAAUAAUGUUAGUGCCUUUCUUCAGAAACAAUAAUAGGUGAGAAUAUUUCAGGAAUGUGAAACAGUCUUUAUCCUAACAGGCAAUUCUCUCUUAGCCUUAGCCUGCUAAAGUUAGAAGCUUUAUGUACCUCACUGUGAAAUAAAACGUUUUUCUGUAUUAAUCUAGAUUCUGUGUUUUGUGUAGCUGAGUGAGUAACGCUAAACUGAAAGCCUUAUGCGGUUGGAUAUGAUGUUUGAGUUGGCUUUGGUUGGGUUGAGCUUUUUAAUUUAGUUUUUAGUGUUGAUUUUAGAGCUGUGCUAAUCAUUUUGUGGUCAGUUGCUCUCUACUUUCUUGGACUUUCUGAUUUCCCUAAAUAUUUACAGAAUGUGGUUCUGUUGCUACAAAAUCUGGUGGUUUGGUUUACAUUAAUAAUUCUCUCUGUGUAGUCUAGAAAUAAGCUAAUGUAAAGGGUCUGAACAGAGGUUACACUUCAAAUGCAAAUGUUUUAGAUGGAGUUUGUUAAAUUGUUGGGGCCGUUGAUGCUACUUCUGCUCCUCUGAAUUUAAUGUGGAACCUCAGAUGAACUCUUGUGAAACCAAAUGGCUUUGAAGGAAGUGCUAUUGGAGUAUGGAGACAUUUGUCUCCGUGUCCUGCAUUCACUGCUGACCUGAGGUGUUCAUGACAAGUUUUUUUGUUACCAUAAUUGUGUGUAAGCAAUUUGGGCAGUUUUCUUUUCUUCUCCUUUCCUCUUUUUUUCCCUAGAUACUUAUGUUACUUUGUGUUUACAAAAGACACCAUGGUAACCCUUACCUUCAAUUGUCAUUGAGGGACUGAAUGGAGAGAAAACACAUGUUCUGGAGAAAUUUUGUUCAGUCUUCAAAUGGGAGGAGAGGAAAGAGCAUGUGGAGAUUGUUUGUCUUAAUCUCUACCUUUUAAGUGCAGAAAAGAAGUCUUGAUUGUUGCAUCAGUAGCAAAAAGUUCUUUGGGAUUUCAUUUUGACAGGCAGUAGUUUUCAUGAGUAUCAGAGGCCAAAGUCAGCUGUCAGUGUUAAAAUUCAUAAUUCUUAAAGGCACAAUGUUGAAUGCAGUUAAAACUGAUGGAGUCCAGGAUCAGGUUUUCUUUUUUGUUAAAAAUGUUAAAUUUCCAUUCUUUUGGACACCUUGAUGCUUUUGGCCAUUUGUGACUGAGUGUGGGAUACACCAUUGUUGUUAGAAAUGCAACGGGGGGUACUGAGCAAAGCUGUGUAUCACACUAACGAUAGCUCUAUCACUGGAUAUUCUUCCAAUGGGAGAUGCAUAGAUGCUGUACAUGGUUAUAAUCAGUUAUGUCAAUAAAUCAAUUUGCUGAAAGAAAA